AUGGACGACGACGGCAAUUUCGACAUCGGAGACCCGAGUGCUCUCCUCCGGGAUGACGACGCCAGCGAGAAGAGCUUGAAGCAAUUUCUGCAGGAAAACGACAUCAUAGAAAAGUACGAUCAUGAGGGAAAUACGAACGGGGUUCACUCAGACAGAGAUGAAGUGUCAUCUGCAAAGCAGACGAAGAAUUCAUUAGUACACAAAAAAAUAGCUCUAAAAAUUCACAACAUAAUAGCGUCAGCGAACCUUUCUGUAGACAUUGACUUGCGUCUAGUGGCUAUAUCCAUACGCAACGCAGAAUAUAAUCCAAGCAAGAUUAAUACACUCAUUGUAAGAUUGAACAAACCCAAAUGCACAGUUCUGAUUUUCAAAAGUGGAAGACUUAUGUUAACUGGUACGAAGACGAAAGCUGAUGCAAUUUAUGGGUGUAAGAAAAUCGGGAAAAUAAUUAAGCUUGUAACAAAUGAACCCGUAAAACUGGAAGGGUUUAACAUAGAGAAUAUUAUCGCUAGUGCUGAUUGUAAUAUGCCUAUACGGUUGGAAAUGUUGGCUCAUGACCAUAAGGAUUAUUGUAAUUACGAGCCGGAGUUGUUUGCUGGCCUUGUGUACAGGUAUAAGCCAACGUCGAAGCUCAAGUCAGUCAUUCUGAUUUUCGUCUCCGGCAAGAUUAUCAUCACGGGGUGCAAAUCCGUUCAGAAAUUGUACACUGUAUUCGACGAUAUUUACAACGUGCUCCUUCAGUACAGGAGUUGA